UGCUUCACCGUGAACAAGUGGGACCGGAUCAUUCGGACUGGACGUCCCGGCAUGGACGCUGUCCUGGACUCGUGUGGACGGCGCAGGGUCAGGGCUCUGCUGCUCCUACACCUCUUCAUCGUGUCCGGAGCAGCUGAAUGUCCCAAACCUCUGACAUGGCAAAACAUGGUCUUAACCAACGAGGCACUUCUGCAGAAUAACUUUAAAGAAGGCGCUGAAAUCACUUAUGAGUGUGCUAAUGGAUAUGAAAAGGAAGAAGGGUCUGGGACUUCGACCUGUACUGGUGGGGAGUGGACGAACCCAGACCUGCAAUGCAAGAAGAAAGACUGUGGACUCCCGCGUCCGCAGCCACACAUGGCCUUCAUAAUUGACGAGGGCACCCUGUUUGGUGCUUCAGUAAAAGUCAUUUGUGAUAAAGGCUACGAGCUCAGUGGAACGGCCUACAAAGACUGCUAUGCCUCAGGCUGGAGUGGGAGAGCCCGGUGCGAUGUUGUAACCUGCGUUAAGCCCAAUGCAGUUGCAAAUGGCAGAAGCUCCUGGGAUUCUGACAAAGAACCAGAGUAUGGAGAGAUCAUAGAGUUCUUCUGCGAUGACGGACACACCCUCAUUGGGAACAAAACCAUCGAGUGCACAGAAACCGGUCAAUACAGCUCGCCACCUCCUGAGUGUGAAGGUGACACACAUAUUUUCACAACAGAAGCUAAAAUUACCACAACCAGCAUUACCACACCAACUACUCCAUCAAGAAAAGAUAAUUUUCUCCUGACAGAGUUCUCCACCACCACAGCUUCAUCCUCCACAUACACAACUCACAGAGAUAAAAUAAUCAGUACCAGUGUGACACCAGCUGCCCCAACCCCAGAGCCAGGUGGCAGAGACGUUUUGACAACAGAAGAUAAAAUUACCACAACCAGGGCAGCAUCAACCGCUUCACCUCCAGGUCGAGGGAAGCGAGGGGAUGUAGAUACUAACAAGGACACUGGAGCGAUGCCUGUCAUUGUCAGUGUGAUAAGCACUGUAAUAGUUGUACUUAUAGUGCUGUUGAUUUUACACCAUUUUCUUCUGAAGAGGAAAGGCUCGUAUGACACCGGAGAGGACCUGAAGCCGGAGUUAUUACAAUUCCAAAAUCUUUAGAUUGACUCCGUCCCUAAGCAACUCUCCGAAUGGAACUGUGCCUAUCUACUAAAGAACAUCUGUGACCCUGAGAGGAAGUGCCAACACAUCCCAGUUCUGAGUGCCUGGCUGUUUGGAACAAAUACACCUCCUUCAAAUGAUAUUGCACUCCACCCUGCAGAUGUAAAUAGAUACAUCAAAAACCAAAUCAUGAGAAGCACUUUGUUGUAAUGAUUUAUUUUUAUUUUUUUAUUUUUUAUUUUUUUGCUACUAAUGUAAAUAUUUAAUGCCUGUAUAGUAUUUCUAUUUUGUACUUUAUUUGUAUUAGAAACUGGGAAAAACAAAAAACACAAUGCCACUGCCUCCAGUUGGUCUGAAAUAAAAUUAUGUUAAGACCAUUGCA